AUGAUGCCCGGCGAGACGCGCUCGGCGACGCCCGGGGCGGCUGUGGAGCUGUCGCGGUGUCAGGGCUGCGCGUCGCUGCAGCAGAAUUUAAAUGAAUAUGUGGAUGCACUAAUUAUCUUGAAGCAGAAGAUCAUUAAUACUGAUAACUUGUUGACAGAAUACCAGAAGAAAUGCGAUGAGCUGCAGUUCGCAAGAAGGGAGAACAGCACUCUGCAUCACCAAGUGGAACAGAUGCUUCAAAAGAUCUCUCCCCUGCAGAAAUGCCAGGAGGAGCUGGGCUCGCUGAAAGCGGAGCUCGAAGAGAAAAAGGUACAUAGAGCUCUUCUCCUGCAGGGCUGUGUCUGGCCACUGAGGAUGAAGAAGAAACUAGAAGCCAAAGUGAAGAAGCUGGAAGAGGCUGCUUUCAAGCAAAUCCAGGACUUCAAACAGCUGAGAAAUGAAAAGAAAGUGCUGGAGAAGGAAUAUAAGCAGACACAGGAAAAACUCGAUGAAUUUUCCAAGCAAAAACACGACAAGGAGCUGAGGCACAUUGGCACUCAGAUUUCAAGUGAUUCCCAUGGCAACAUAGAUAAAAGGAAAGUCAAGCUGCUGCUGAAGGAGCUCUGGCUGUGCAUCAACGCCACUCAGGGACUCCCAGGCGCAGACCACCUGCCAGCAGCUGCCACCCCAGAGAAUUCAGAGGAACCUGAAGGACAGACAGCAGAAUCGCUCCUGACAGACAGAUGCAGAGAGCCUGUGGAAGCCGGCGGGUUGUCACCCCUGCAGUACGGUCCCCCCGGGACACCUGACACGCAGAUGGGUCCAGCCAGCACACCAGCCCUGGACAUACGAGGUGACUUCUCUGCGUAUGAAGACAGUGUCGGCAAGGAGUGGCCAGGGCAAGCAGGGUCCUGGAAGAAACCCAGCCCCCCUGAGGCCUCGUUGCCCUGGCCGAGUGACGAGGACCAGAGCGUGGACUUUGCCCAUCACGACCCGUCUUUCGAUGAGGACCUGCAGGCGGCCAUUAACUUCUUCAAGCUCCCCCCGCCUCUGCUGUCUCCAGUGCCCUCACCCCCUCCAGUGCCAUCACCCCACGCGGGGCUCUCCCCUGCACGUGCACCCGGGGCCGACUUCGGGGCGUACUCCGACUCCAGUGAGGAGGGCUCGGGGCAGCGGCGGCACCUGGCUGGCUCCACUGCAGAAGAUGAUGCCACCGAGCCGCAGAACUACUUCAUGAGGAGUGAGGGGAGCUGCACCCUGUUGGAGCCACCCGCGCCCCAGGAAGUGCUGCCGGCGCCCAUCUCAUCUGAGGAGAAUGGGCUAGCAGGGCUGCCACAGCUGCCUGCUGUAGCUGCAGAACCACUGAGGCGAGAGGCCGCGACAUCCCCACGUGCCCCACAGAGAGGUGCUGCAGGGUGGCAAGCAGAGGCCAGCGAGCUGGAGAAGGCUGUGCAGACCGAGGACGCAGACAAGGCCGUGCAGACUGAGGACAUGGCGCUCGGAAGUCCCCGUCGACCCGUGUGGCCUCGCUCACCUCCCCUCAGCCAGAGGCCUUUGCGGGACCUGCUUGAGUCUGGAAAGAAGACCCUCCUGUCCGAGCUGACCAGGCGAGCUCUGGGCAGUGAGAUGGCGUCAGAGUCAGACCGCGUACGAGCCAUCUCAGAGCUCUUCCACCGAGUGUCCUGCGAGCUGGAAAAGGGGGCCGAGGGCAGGCAGGGGCUGGGCUGCAGGGGGACACCCGAGUCAGACGAAGGCUCAGGGCACGUGGCGGGGCUGGAUGUGGACAUGGACAUGGAUAUGAGCAUUUCACCCUCCUCUCCCUCGGGAGCACUGUCUCUCUGCAGUGCACCCCAGUCAUCGGACGACGAAGACAUGCCAGUUCCACCCACAAGAGCCCUCCCGGAAGAGCCUUGUGCCACACAGAGAAUGGCCCUCUCGGGGUCCAGCCUGGGCAGCCUUCAGCCGGAGAUCCCGCCCCAGUGCUCCGUGGGGGGGAGCGAACUGGACAGCAGCGGCCACACUCUGAGCCCCAAGAUGGGGGCCGCUCGUCUCCACAACCCAAGCGGCCGCUUGCGAGAAGGGACAAACGUGGUAAGGGAGAUCCGUUCGCUUCUUCAGCCCACGUGUUUGAAAGCUGCAAGGGACAGGCCCUGUGAGCACAAAGUUGCCGGCUCCGAGUGCCCGAUCCACAUGCUGGCCCCUUCCCGGGCGGCGGCUGCUCACAACCCGUCCUGGCACCAUAGUGAUUUCCUGAAGAGAACCGUGGAAGGGAGCCUGAAAGCUGCUUUGGAUUGCGGGCAGGAGGCCACCUCAUCCCUGGAAACCCGAGGCUCCACACCCACACCUGAACCUCCUCCAGACACCAGCCGCCCCGGGCAGGUUAGGCCUGCCUCGCUGCUGCUGCUGCCUAAUCAAGUCUCUGUCAUUACCACACAGGCCAGACUCGAGAACAUCCCAAGUGCAGCCUCCGGACACCUCCAGCUGCAGGGGAGGGAGGCCCCACCAGCAGCAGAAAGCCCUAGGGCCAGUCCUGACUCCCUGGCCCCUGCACCUGCGCCCACACCUGCUCCUGCACUGGUGCCAGCACCCCCACCAGCUUCUGCACCCAUGCCUGUGCCCUGGAAUGAUGGAAGGGAGCCUCCAAAAAGUCAGGAGGCAGCCUCUACACCUAUUGCUUCCCCUGGGGGCUCCACCCCCCAGCCACGGUUCAAUUCGGAUUCUGAUAGUAGCAUUUUGCUAGGAGAAAACUCUCCUUGUUCCAUAAGCAGUAGAUUAUCUUUCUCUCUUGAAAACCUCCCAGCCCUGAGUCCAGACCAGGAGGAACUGCAGAAACAGAGACAGUCCCCUCUUGAGCCCCUAAAUCCAGAGGUGCCCGGAAUGGCCACAUCGCCCACUUCCUCCAGUGAGCUGCCCUGUGGGGACUUGGGCUGCUCCAGCAGCCAGGCCCCAGCUGCCUCGGGUGGCAUUCCUGGUCCAGCACAGGGCCGUGACGGGUCUCCACGGCCGGGCUCCAGUGCACCGACUGCUGUGUUUUCUGAAGACCUGGCUUGUGCGGGACACACUGCGGCACUUGUGCAGGAGGAGGAGGAGGCCCGUGCGCUCAGCCAGCAUCGUCCCCUGGAGCCCCCAUGCUGCUACACAGGCCUUCGAGAGAGAGCCGUGGAGGACACGGAGGGCGAGGGUCUCAGCUGUAGCGAGGGCGAAAGCGAGGCCGGAGCCCUGCUGGGUGCUGGAAAGCCAGGCAUGGCAGGCGCAGCCCCGGCCGAGGCAGCGGGCGCCCCUGUGCCUGCCAGCCAGCCUUGUGUCGAAGUGGGCCACCUGACCUCCGCUCUGCAGGAAGUGAACAUCAGUGCCCUUUCAGACAUCGACCAACUCUCCACAUCAGAGGUCGUCCGCUUCCUGGAAAGUUGUCAGUUAAGGGAUUACAGCUCAGGGGACUCCUUUUCAGAAUGUUCCAGUAAAGGAGUCCUGAAUCUGGAAGGGGCCAAAGAACUCCGAGAAGGUGAGGUGUUGGGUGAGCAGAGCAGCCCUCCACCCGGUGGAGAGGAGGGUCCUGCAGAGCCACCCAGCUCUGAGGAGGAGGGGCUCCCCAUGUGCGCUUCGGAUACCCUGUCCGAGGUCCUCACCAGCAUCCUGCCCGAGCUGCACGGUCAGUAUGGGGAUGCGGCUGCCCACGCCUCAGUUGAGGCGCUGACACCAGACACAUCCCAGGCUAUGGCUGCCCCGCAGGAAGGGGUGGCUCCUGCACAGCCAGCAACUGUUCCCCUUCAGAAACCUGCAGCUUCUCUGCAGGAAGUGGGGGCAGCUCUCCCACAGGAAGCUGUUCCUCCCCCACAGGAAGCAGUGCUUCCCCCACAGGAAGAGUCGGCAGCUCCCCUACAGGAAGAGGCCGCAGCUUCUACUCAGGAAGAGAUGGCAGCUCCCCCAGAGGAGGAGGUCGCCGUAGCUCCGCCUAAGGAAGAGGCGGCAGCUCUCCCACAUGAAGCGGCUCACUCCCCCUCCCAUUUGGUAGAGCUGCCACCAUUGGCAAGCCUGGGCCCCCCGAGCAGCCCUCUGGCCAGUGGUGGGUCUGAUGGUGAGGGCGGUUUGGACGCUCCUGGAGACUCGCUGCUGUCGGCAGUGACCUCAGAAGUGAUCAGCGUGCUCAUAAAUACAGGCCACAACCUAGUGAUUGGUAGCGGGGACCAGUGGACAGUCAUAAACAGCGUGGCAGUCCUGUCAGGCCUGGACCAGGUCUUGCUGUGUGACACCUCUGGGGACCCCACUAUUUCUCCAGAUCAGGAAGGACUGGAAGCUGGUUUCUUAACUAUUUCCCCUGUGGAGAAGGACCCAGAAGGCCUUGGGACUGGCUCUCCAGCAAAGGAGCCUGGGUGCAGCAGCCCCCAGCCCUGUAGCCAGGAGGUGGCAGCCAGCACCGGACCAGGUGCCAACUUCGACAAGAGCCGUCUGCGCCUCCGGCCUGUCCGGCCCAGUGUCCGCAUCAAUGCGCAGAUCUAUAGCCCGGACUUUGAGUCUCAGGCCGUCGCGUCUGACCACACAUACUAUAACACCAGGCUUGAGCCUAGUGGCAGGAAUAAGAACCGAUCCAAGGUUCCCAUCAAGGAUCAGCCAGCCAAGGCAGUGAAGGCUUCAGUGCCCAGCAGGGCUGAUGGUGCCCUGAGUGACACUGCUCCUUUGUCGUUGUCGGGGGAAGUGGUUAGUUCUAAGCCUCAGAAAAACCCGGCCCAAGCAGUCAUUGCCAAUGCAGACACUUCCACUCCACCCGAGGGAUCCGCCCUACCUGAAGCCGCUUCUGACGCGUUGAGCAAAAUUCGGCAGGAGGUGGGCCCCCCGCUGCCCCCACUUCUGGCACCCCUGAUUGCGACCCCGCCCAGGACUUCACAGCCGGUUUCUCCGCCGCAGUCAAGCUGCAGCCCCUCCUCACCAGCCUCCCCCAUGGCAUCGCCCCUAUCCGGAGCGGCCCGGCCCACCCCUCCGACCUUAGCCUGUCUGUCACCCUGCACAGCAGAGGCCGGGGAGAGGGGGGUGCAUUCCCCGCUGCAGUUCUGCGCCGCAACACCAAAGCACGCGCUCCCUGUGCCUGGCCGUCUUCCCCCCAUGGCACCCAGCCCCACCACACUGGGGGGUGCCCAGGAGAGCUCCGUGAAGAUGCUGGACACUAUGUACCCAGAGCUGUCUGCCCGGGCCCGUACCCUGCACAUCCUCAAAGGGGGCCUUCAGCUCAGCGGCGGGCCGUCCGCCGAGGCCAGCACCCUGUGUGGCCCCCUGGCCGCUGCCGCCAGCUUCAAGGCCAUCACCUCUGAGUCCACUGCUUUUGUGAAGCCCGGGGGUGGUGCCGCUACGGAUUGCAGCCAAGAGCAGUCAAAGACCUCAGGCACCCCCCAGGAUGCUGGCGCCAAAAGGACACUGUCCCUGGUCACACUGCGCAGCGCUAAGAGGCUCCGCCUGGACAUUGGGCCCCUCACUUCAGAAACCAGGGGCGCAGGGACAGAAGGGGUGGGCCGAAGCCUCCGCAGGACCAUCCCGCCAACCCAAGCAAUGCCAGCCAACGGGGAGGGAAGCUGCUUUGUGGCGGCAGCGGUCCUUGCGGCUCCCCAGUCACGCUCCAACCCAAGAGAAACUGUGGAGUCACAUGACAAAACCAUCGCCAACGCACUGAGGAAGCUGGAAGAGGCGUCCUUCGACCUGCUGCCUGUCAUCCGGAGCCAUGUCUAUGUCGGGAACAUCUCCAAGAAGCCCGUCAUGAGAGACCAGGAGAAAGAGGUGGUCUACGAGUUCAGCACCGCCAAAAAGCACCUGGCCGAGUGCUUCCUGCACUCGAUCCUCUCGGAGCUGCACCUUCAGAAGAGCUCGGCACAGCACUGCUACCUGCACGCUCUCUGCAGGGUCUACGUGGGCAUCUGCCGGCAGCUCGGAGACCUGGAGAGAGCACGCAUGUUCUGCUACAGCAUCCUUAAGGAAGAUUUCCCCGAGUCUGACAAACUGACUCUGUUUAUUGCAAACAUGUGGCGUGAUAUCUUUAUCUCACAAUCAGUGAUCAAUAAAGCGAUGCAGUUAGUCGCCAGGCAGCGUGCAAAAGGAGAGGUUCUCAACUGUCUGAGAGCCUUUCUCAACUGGGAGAAGAAUGCUCCUGUAGAUGUUGGCUUCAUGGUUUCUAAGCUGCUUUUGACAAUACAGUUAUGUCCAAACACAGAGUUUCAUUCGAGCGAGAGGUUUGGUGAAGACCUGAGUGAGAACACGUGGGAGUGCAUAUUUGCCAUUGACCUGCUCUGCUGCCACCAGAAGUGGGUGUGGACGCAUGACAACAUCAUAAGCAAGGAACUGUGGCCGGUCAUGGACAAAUGGAUAAAGUACAGGAAGGGGCACGCGAACACCACGCACACCCCUGAUGUCAUUGUCGCGUCCGUCCUGAGACUCAUCGGACGCCUUGGCCAGCUGGGUCUAAAGGAAGGAUUUCCAUCGGCCGUGAGAAACAUCAGCUCGGUGAUCGGCAUGUUCAUCCAGCAUGCUCAGGACGAAGAUAUACCCUGGGGCGUCCAGUUAGCAGCCGUCUAUGCCCUCUGUGACCUGAGUCCCAGCAAUCCAGCAGGAAUAUCCCAGAUACUGGACACCUGGCAGAAGGACUCGUCGCAAAGCGUCCCGACCGCCGUGGUCGCCUACCUGGAGGAAGCUGGUGCGCUGUGCGAGGAGGAGCAAGAGGAGGGGCAUGGCUAGGUCCCAGGCGGCCUUAUGUCCAGAGAAGUGCCUUCACGUUGUCUGAAUGCUCACAGGCCAGUGACCUCAGAACCAAGGAGGAAAGUCCCCCCUGAGGCUGGUGACAGGGAGCGGCGAACCCUCCUGCCUGCUGGCCGCUGGCCGCACACAUUUCACACAUGCCGUUGCCAUCCCCGGACCCCAGGUCCCUGUACCAGGUCCACUGGCAGAAACUUGAACUUAGCCCUUUUUUGCUGCAGAAAGUGUCCUUUUAGUGGCUUUUAAAAUUGAGCAACAUUUUAUAAUGAAUUUCACAAGACAAACAUGUUAUUUGUUUGGUUCCCCAGCAGCUUUAGGACUCUGCUCCCAUGAUUGACUCCAAAAACCCAGACCCACUAGAAGGAAUGAGAGGCUUCUCCUGUCUCCGCCAUCAGUAGGCCGGUCCCCUUCCAGGUGGGGGGUGGUUCCUUGAGAGGGGCUGCAGGGGUCUCCACGGAAACAUCUGUCGGCGAGUCUUCUCUGAAGCUCUUGCCGGGAGGCAGCACGGCCGGCUCGCUGAAGGCCCAGGUGCGGACGGCAUGUAUGUAAGCUUCCGAGAUGGCCUCUUGGCCGUUUGUGCCGUGUACCUCCAUUCGAGACAGUGCUAUAAUGUGCUUCACAUUGAUGCUGUUCCACUUUGGGAAUCUUAGUAUUUGUAUAUAGAAAAUGGGUUAAUAACUCACCGUGCUCCCGAUCUGUCUUAUACUCAUCAUUUCUUAAAACUUGUGUGUUUUUAUAAUAAAAGAGAAACGUGAACCUAA